UGCUGCCAUCCAACCACUAGGACGUAUAUGAACUGAGAUAAAAUCAAGUGUGGACAGAGAAGGGAGAGAGGGCAUAGCACCUCCCACGUCCUAUCUGGCAGAAAGGGAGAGGGAGAGAGAGAGAGAGGGAGUGAGUGAGUCUGCUGUGGUGGUGGUGUUAGAAAUCGGACGACAUGAGCUCUACAUGAAGCGCGUAAAAAUGCUUUAAGGACGCGUUGUCUUUCAUCCGUCUCAACCGAGUACGAGCCUGAAGCGGAGCUACAUCCUUCACGACCAGGUGUAACACUGUCUUAAGCCUGAGGGGGGCAGAAUGCCGGAGCAGAGCAACGACUAUCGUGUGGUGGUGUUUGGGGCGGGUGGAGUAGGGAAGAGCUCCCUGGUCCUGCGCUUCGUGAAGGGCACCUUCAGGGACACCUACAUCCCCACGGUGGAGGACACCUACCGCCAGGUGAUCAGCUGCGACAAGAGCGUGUGCACGCUCCAGAUCACCGACACCACGGGGAGCCACCAGUUCCCCGCCAUGCAGCGUCUGUCCAUCUCCAAAGGCCAUGCCUUCAUCCUGGUCUACUCCAUCACGAGCAAACAGUCCCUGGAGGAGCUCAAACCCAUUUACCAACAGGUCCUGGCCAUAAAGGGCAACGUGGAGGCCAUUCCCAUCAUGCUCGUGGGCAACAAGAGCGACGAGACCCUGCGAGAGGUGGAGACCAAGGAUGGCGAGGCCCAGGCCAACCAGUGGAAGUGCGCCUUCAUGGAGACAUCGGCCAAGACCAACCACAACGUCACCGAGCUCUUCCAAGAGCUCCUCAACCUGGACAAGAAGAGGAACAUGAGCCUCAACAUCGACGGCAAGCGCUCGGGGAAGCAGUCCCGCGCCGAGAGACUGAAGGGCAAAUGCAGCGUAAUGUAAAACCAGGAAGGGGAGGAAAAGGGGGAGGUGGAGGCGGGAGAGAGGGGAGGAAAUAAUGAAAAGGGAGGGAGAGGAAAGAAAAGAAAUGGAGACGAGCGAAAACACAGACUCAUUAAAUGUUAUCACUCGGAGCUAAAUGUCUGGAAGGCCACCGGGGAAUCUCAUCAACCACAUCCUCCUCCAUGCGACUGGUGCGUUCACAAACACAAAAGUUCCAUGCCGGGGAAAAACAUAGCGGAUUUCAGCUUGGAGCUUUACAUCCACACGCAUUCUAAAUAUCGCAAAUUAAAAGUAAGAAGCGUGUGUCGCAGAAGGAAACCUGAGGUGCAGACGGCCCUGGGUGUGGAUGUCGUCCAAGUGCCACAAAACCUGGCUGAGGAGGGUCAUGGAGACCUUGGACUGCGGAAAAGAACACAGACGACAGCAUCCCCUCCCGAAUCUAAAAGUUCCCUUCGGAUAUACACAAAAAUUUGACUUUCCUCUUUCACUUCUACACCCCCUAGUCCUCCCUCCGUCCCUGUCCCGCUCACACUCUAACAUCCCAGCUUCCUCAUCCUUCACCCCCCCCCCCUCCUGUUAUCACCGCUACACAGAAACUAAAUGUGUAUGUAACCGAGUCGACGAAGUUAGUUCAAACCCUAUUUUAAGAUAAACGCUGGAGGAUUCAAAGGUGUGAGACUGCAACGGCAGCAAAACGCACGACUCUGAUGUAAAUAAACAUGGGAUCUUUCAGUGAUUCCACUAGUCUCCACAUGCCCCGCCCCAGCUAUUGUGUCAGUCACAGAAGGUCAGAGCUAAAAUUUGUGGCGACAGGACAAAUUCACCCAUUUGAAGAUGAGAAAAAAAAAAAAAGACUCGUCGUUACAUUUGUCAAGUUGUUGUCAUAUCCACAAACUCACGUGCAGCCCUCCUCAUCCGGAGUGGAGAAGCAGCCAGCGGCCGGGCCCGCGCCACCACCACCACGACACAGCGAUGUUUCUGUGACCUCAUCUAGUGUCGAAGUAAUAACCGUGGAGGAAAGCGAAGCUGGACUCUCAUCACAACAUGAAACGAAAACAUAAACAUCUGCCUUGAGGACGAUACACUUGGAUAUUCGUUGCCGAGCUGAUAAGACGAAAGCGAACCGGGAUGAUUUUU